AUGUAUCUCCUCUUACUUCAGCUGCUUGUGCUCUUGCCUCUGGGGAAGGCAGUCCGAUGCGUGGACGGCUGCCAGAGCUCAUUCUCCUUUGUGCUCCUGGAAAGGGGUCGCAGAGAUCUCCACAUGGCCAACCGUGAGGAGGGAGAAGACAAGCCAGAUCUGUUUGUGGCAGUGCCACACCUCCUAAGCACCAGUUUGGCUGGGGAAGGCCAGCGGCAGAGAGAGAAGAUGCUGUCCAGGCUUGGAAGACUCUGGAGGAAACCUGAGACGAAACUUCACUCCAGAAAGGAUGUGGAAAAUGAUCAUGUCUCAUUGGGGAUCCCGGCCCUCACUCAGCCAGCAGAUGAGAGGGAAGUGGAGAGGUCCCCUCUUCAGGAGGAAGCCAAGAAAUUCUGGCAUCGCUUCAUGUUCAGGAAGGGCCCGGCCUCGCAGGGGGUUGUCUUGCCCAUCAAAAGCCAUGAAGUACAUCGGGAGACCUGCAGGACAGUGCCCUUCAACCAGACAAUUGUCCACGAAGACUGUGAGAAAGUUGUUGUGCCGAACAACCUCUGCUUUGGGAAAUGCGGGUCCAUUCAUUUUCCUGGAACGGAGACAUUCCCCUCCAACUUCUGCUCCCACUGCUCGCCUGCCAAGUUCACCACCGUGCACCUGAGGCUGAACUGCACCAGCCCAAUCCCCGUGGUCAAGAUGGUGAUGCAGGUGGAAGAAUGCCACUGCAUGGCUCAGGCAGAGCAUGGAGAGGGACACGCCCUACCAGCUGGUUCCCAGGAGUCCUUCAUCCCUUGA